CAAUUCAACGAGGACAUGAUCCCGACGGUGGGCUUUAACAUGAGGAAGAUCACCAAGGGGAAUGUUACCAUAAAGCUCUGGGACAUUGGUGGCCAGCCGCGGUUUCGCAGCAUGUGGGAGCGGUACUGCCGUGGAGUGAGUGCCAUCGUGUACAUGGUGGAUGCUGCCGACCAGGAGAAGAUAGAGGCCUCCAAGAACGAACUGCACAACCUGCUUGACAAGCCGCAGCUCCAGGGCAUCCCGGUCCUCGUCCUGGGGAACAAGCGAGACCUGCCCGGUGCCUUGGAUGAGAAGGAGCUCAUUGAGAAGAUGAACCUCUCUGCCAUCCAAGACCGAGAGAUUUGUUGCUAUUCUAUCUCCUGCAAAGAAAAGGACAACAUCGACAUUACCCUACAGUGGCUUAUCCAGCACUCGAAGUCUAGGAGAAGCUGA